AUGCCCUCCCUACUCGUCAUCAUCCUCGUGCUGGAGGUGUUCUCCCACCUGGUCAACACCGUCGGAGCUGCAGCCAUCAACAAUCUGCUCUGGACAACUCUCAACUACCUCCCCAUCUCGACCGCCAAGGCAGCCGCGCAGCAUCGAAAGCUGCAAGCCGACUUUCUCAAGACGCGAAAGGAGCUGAAUGCGACUAGCAGUCAGGAUGAGUUCGCCAAGUGGGCCAAGCUCCGUCGGACGCACGACAAGCAGCUGGAGCAGCUAGAGAAGAGCAAGCAAACCCAGGAAGCAUCGAGAUCAAAGUUCGAUACCUACCUCACUGGCUUCAGAUGGGCCCUCACCAAGGUCCCUCAAUACGGCCUCCCCUUCUGGUUCUCCAAGGAGCCCAUGUUCUGGCUGCCGUACGGCUGGUUCCCCUACUACGCCGAAUGGAUCCUCUCGUUCCCCAAGGCCCCGAUUGGCAGCGUUAGCAUCGCUUCGUGGCAGCUGGCGUGUUCGGGCAUGGUCACGCUCCUCACCGAGCUCAUUGUCUCGGUUGUGGGACUCGUGUUUGCGACGAAACAGAGCAAGGGACAGCCGGUCAAGGUUCCUGCGGCGUCAGGUAAGACGGCGGCGCCCAAGACCGCGGCUGAUUCGUCUGAGACGGAGAAGAAGGAGUUGUAA